AUGGUUUUCCUAGAGACGUCACAAGACUACCUCAAGCAGUCGUCGCUAUUACUCGAAGCAUACCCAGACACAACCCGGAUAUCCACAAGAUACUCCUACCCCAAAAGACCGUCCGCGAAAGAGAGAGCCAAAGCCAAGUCAAAAGCCACAACUUCAGAAUCUACGGAGCCCACAGAAACAACCGUGACACCUGCAACAUUGACUUUAAAGACAUUUAACCCUGGCACAGGCAUAUGCCUAAAAUAUCAAACAAACAAGGCCGCGGAAGUGGGCAGGCUGAUAGCUGGGCUGGGCAAGUUGGCUAGCGGGGCACCGAUUGAGGAUCUCGUACCGCAGAUACCGGGGAAGUCUCCGGCUGGUGAGACUGAGGAUGUUGAUAUGCUUGAUGUCCCAUCGCGGACUCUGGCGCCGUCACCCGUAAACGACGAGAAGGAUGGGGGUAGUAGAAGUAAUACUCCUGUUGCGGGUGGUGCUGGCGGGGGAGGCGGAGGAGGAAAAUCGGCCAAGGGUAAGAAGAAGGGUAAGGGGAAGAAAUAG